AUGCUCCGCGCCGGCAUCGCUCUCGCCUCCUCAACCCGCGAAGAAAAGGGCCAAAGCUGGCUCCACAAGCGCGAAAGCUCAACAAGUCUCGUCUCAGAGCACUUCGAUGAACCGCGCCAUCACCACCGUACGAAAUCAGGCCCGUCGCGUAAGUCUCGCUCUGGCGCUUCGACUCCGUUCCGGUCUCGCGCUGCUAGUAGACGGGGCAGUCGCGUUGGGUUGACUAUGACUACGCUGCCGACUACGUCAUCGUCUCCGACGGAGAGAUUCUCGACAGGAGCCGGUACGGGAGCUAGUAGUCCCGAAGGGCGGGGCCGAGCUCUAGUGCCGGAUUUCGUGGACGAGCGGAUCCGCGCCGAGAUGGCGACGCUGGAAGGCGGUCUCGAUGACUCGUAUUGGGAUGGGUCUGAGUCUGGGUCUGAGAGUUCGUUUGAUUCGGAUGAGACGCCGGAUUUCGAUGAGGCGGAUCUGCAGCGGUUGACGCGGGAGCGAGGGUUUGGGCUUGGCUCUUGGAUUGAUCGGCUUGUUGAGUGGACUUUAUUUGGGGUCGAGGAUUGGCCUACUGCUCCGCCUGCUGGGACUGGGGCGGCUGGGCGCAUUGGAUCUAAUGAUACUACUACAACUGUUACAUUUGAAGAGCCUGAGGAGUUUGAGAAGGAUGUGGAUACGCUUUCAUUGGUCGAGGAAGUCGACUCGGAGGUGGAUGGGGAUUCUUCUCAUGAGGAGGGUUUAUCUGAUGGCGGCCCUGAGAAGCCAGGGACACAGGGUGGAUGGGAAGAUGCAGGUUGGCUGUUCCGCGUUGUUAAGCGAGCAUUGGUAUGA